AUGCCGCUCUCCUCAACUCCCGUCCUCCGCAUCGCCGCAAGCGUCUUGGGAACCAUCUUCAUCGCCUUCGGCGCCAAUGCCAUCCUCAAUCCAGCCUCCGCACUCUCCUUCUUCGAACUUGCCUACCCUGACGGAGUGCUUCAAAAAGAUGCAAAGCUUGCAGUCGAUGCCCUCUCGAUAGUCUAUGGCGUUCGCGACGUUUUCAUGGGCAUUGCCAUCUAUGCCGCAGCAUACUUUGGGACACGGCCGGCGCUUGGAUGGAUCUUGAUUGCGGCCGGAGGGGUUGCUGGUGUCGACGGAUAUGUUUGUAAAAGCUUGGUAGGGUCUGGAGAGAUGAAUCACUGGGGCUAUGGGCCUAUAGUGGCCGUGCUGGGAUUGGUCUCCGUUGCUGGGCUGUGA